UCUGACCUCAUUGAACUACUCCUUAGAUAAGACUUGAGUUUUUAUUAGAUAAAAACAGUUCAUAAAACAAAUAAUUGUAUUCAUCAUGUGAUCCGAAUCACAAACAUCUGCAGUUCGCGCGUGCACAUCGUGUAAAAUGGCUGAUAGAUACCAGCUUUGGGGUGGAUGUUUCGAAGAAGAGCCGUCAGCCGUAUUGCGACGACUAAACGACUCGCUUAGCGUAGACAGCAGACUUUAUCGAGAGGAUGUCAUAGGCAGCAAGGCAUGGGCACGGGAGCUCUUUCGGAGUGGUCAUUUGUCAAAAGAAGACCACGAUGCCUUGCAAAGUGGUCUCGAUAAGGUCGUAGAAGAAGUAGGACAAGAUUUAUCCAAUCAUGGUCGUCUAAGGGAUCCAGAAGAAGAUAUUCACUCAGUGGUAGAGAGACGUUUGCAUUCGCACGCUGGUGACGCCGCCCUGCGCUUGCACACCGCGCGUAGCCGCAACGACCAAUCUGCUACAGACACACGACUGUGGAUGCUUGCUUCUUCAUACAGACUGCGUAAUGCUCUUACAGACCUCAUAGCGGUGUUGGUUACGAGGGCAGAAAAGGAAAUUCACAUCAUAUUGCCAGGCUAUACACACUUACAGCGGGCGCAACCAGUACGCUGGAGCCAUUUUCUUUUGAGCCACACAUGGACUUUUAAAGAUGACGUCAUAAGGCUCGAGGAACAAAGAAAACGCUUAUCCCGUUGUCCACUUGGAAGUGGCGCUCUUGCGGGCUGCGCUCUUGCUAUCGACCGAAGUAGACUGGCUCAAGAUUUGGGAUUCGAAGACGUAACACCUAAUUCAAUGUUUUCUGUGGGCUCCAGAGAUCACAUUGUGGAAUUCCUGAACUGGUCAUCACUGUGCAGUUUACAUCUAAGUAAAUUGGCCGAAGAUUUGAUCAUAUACAGUUCUCAAGAAUUCGGUUUCGUCCGUUUCUCCGAUCAGUUUUCUACUGGUUCUAGCCUGAUGCCGCAGAAACGGAAUCCUGAUGGCCUAGAGUUAGUGCGUGGAGCAGCGGGACUUAUGUUGGGCAAUUCUGUCGCUUUUAGUUGCAUCCUGAAAGGAUUACCAAGCACGUACAAUAAAGAUUUACAAUCAGAUAAAGAACUGAUAUUUACGUCGUAUGAUAAACUCUUGGACUGUCUUAAAGUCGCCACCGGGUCAGUGAAAACUAUGGAAGUAAACGGUGAGAAAGCCCGGACUGCGUUAGAGCCGGGCAUGUUGGCGACUGACCUCGCGCACGCGCUGGUCCAGCGCGGAGUGCCGUUCCGGCGCGCGCACCACCUCGUCGGCUCAGCGCUGCGAACCGCCACUGCCCUCGGUGUUGACUUGCAGCAAAUGCCGCACAAAGAAUACUUGGCGAUCUGCCCUGAAUUUGGCAGCGAAGAGGAGUUGCGCGCCAUUUUCUCGUGGGAUGCGAGUGUAGAGAAAUACUCAAGUGCAGGCGGAACUUCUAUGUCUUCUGUUCAACAGCAGAUUAAGGACCUUAACGCUUGGAUUAACGAAACUCGUCCAUAAUUAUUUAAGAAAAGAAAUAUAGUUAUUAACAUUAUUUUGACUACUCUUAGGAAAAAUAGGUAAUAUAAUUUAUCCACUUAUAAUUUAUCUUUUUCUUUGUAUUAAUCCGGUUCCCCAUAUCACGUAACUAAAGAGGUUUGAGCUUUUUAGGUAAGUAAGCCUAUAUGUUUUAUGGUGUAGAUAGGGCCCGAUCCAAGGAGGGGCGAGCCGGGCAUUUGCCCAGAGAGGCAAAAUUGACUUAACGUUAGCCGUAAAGUACGUCAUUAAAAGGCGGCAAAAAUUUUUGCCCGGGGCGCCAAAAUUUCUAGAUCGACCCUGGGUGUUGAACCUAUAUGCUGCCUGGUCCGUGUGGUUUUUUUUCUAGUUAUAUUUUCUUUAGAUUUGAACAUCAAGCAGUAACAUGCUUAAAAAUUAUAAGAAUAAUACUUGUUUUGAAUAAAAUUAACUUAAAAGCACACCUAUGCCGGAAGGUGUCGGGUUCGAUACCCACGGGCAGCCCUCCAUGGCCGUUAAAGUUAUUCAAUGUAAACAUCCUACUUCUAUAUUAUGUUUCAUUCUGAUAAUAAUCUCAUCAUCUUAUCAUAAAAUUAUAUUAUUGGGGCGGAUCGACCACCUAUAUUUUUACACGGUGCUAAUGCUAACUAAGCUAAGCCAAAGCCUUUAUUUAUGGAGAUAAGCCUCUACAUUCAUCUUAGCCUUGUUUAUGUAGAUUUGUAGAUAUCUUUAUCAUCAUGAAUAGUAACUCUGCCGAUAUGUUAUGUGAACUUCUGUGUAUGUAUUUAUGUUUCCCUAGACAUUUACAUAAUACCUAAUAAAAGGUCAUUUAACUACAUUUUAUCGUAAGGUUCACCAGUUGUCAAGUCCUUGCCCGUGAUGAGGCGACGGCAGGCAGGGCCGCAGGGCUGCGAGCCACCCUUGACACCUGUCCCGCGCACGUCUCCGUGGGCCGCCACCGCCACCGCAUUCCGCUCGAAAUCACGUCAGGCGGAAAAACGAAUAAUGGUCUCCGCGUUAUUUUUCACUACGUUGCUCAUCUUAUUGACGGUACUGCCCAAAGUCUGGCUUGAUCCUCGAGAUCAUGAUGAUUACGAUUACGAAUAUUUAGCCAACGGAGCACCAGAGGAGCUACCUUACGGAACCGACAAUGAGUAUACUCGACGAAUCCACGCAAUGAUCGAUGCAUACAGAGGUGGUGCAACUGGACGGAUGGUGAUCGAAACAAACGCUCUUGUGAACACAAAAUACCGAACAUGGAAGCGCAAUGCUGAUUUAAUCAACUCACUAUUGGCUUUACCAAAAGGCAUGAAUGAUGCGGGACGACGUUAAAAUAGUGUAGUCUGGUUAUGUAUACUAAAAAGUAUGAGAGUACAAAGAUUAAAAAAAAAAUGGAAAUCUGUUUGUCAAAACAAUAUUUUAUUGUUAUUAUUUCUAAUAUAAUCCUAGUACAGAUUAAUUAACCUAAAUUAUAUCUAAAUUACACCUGCUAUGUGGUUGACCGCUUGGUUUACAAAAACACUAUUUACAGUUUGAUUAUUGUAACAUGAUCUGAUCAAUGUUAUUUAUGUGCAUCAAAUCGUUUAAAAAUUGUUUUAUUGUUAAAUUAUUCUGUCCAAAUACAUGUUUCAAUUAUGUUUUUAAAAGUUUUAUAGAUAACAAUAUAGAUACAUAUUCAAAAUAUUCAGUUCAAACUUAUUUGAGUUUUCACUUGUAUUAUCCUCAUUUCUAUUAUAAAAAUAUAUCAUCAUCAAUUAUAUGAAUACAUUUAAAGUACAAAGGUUAUCUGAAAGUUCUCAUGCUGACGUUUAAGCAUAUAACGAAUAUCACUUUUAGUACGUAAAUAUGGCUAUAACUUGAUUUAAUUUUAUUCAAUAAUAAUAUACAUUCAACGAGGUAAUCGUGUAAUUACAUUCAUUUAGUAGACCGCAACAGUCGCUACGACUCAGUCUAGAAAGAGGAAACAAAAGUGUUCUAAAAUUCGCACCUCGUGCUUAAAAAAUAUAAAGAAAUCAGUGAACUACAAUGAGGUCUAUACAAAAACAAACGUGGCUACCCCUAUUCUUUGACAACACCUCACACCAACUCACGCUCACAAAACUAUGUAAAAUCAACGAAUUAGAAAUAAUAUGGAAUACGAAAUAUGCUAAAAAGUGGUUCCACGCAAACUGCGCUUAAGUGGGCGGGGCGAAAAAAAUGCUAUCAAUACGCCCAUCAUGGGAUUGGUUGGGAUUUCUGAUUAACAUUAUCUUAUAAUCUUACCCAAUGAAUGGAUUUUAGAAUAGGGAAUAUGCAAUAUUUUUGUUUUUGUUUUCAUUUUAAAGAAUUCCAUGUAGAAUAAACCACAGAUAUAUUAAAAAAUUAAAACAUUGCAAUUUAUCGGAAAAAAUGCGGUAUUAAAUUGACAGUUUAAAUUUUCGCGCGAAAACGGACCUAUGGUUCCGAUGACGUCACUCCUGUCUGUCACUGGUCGUACUUGUUCGUCGCUGGCAAAGUUUUUUCAAAGAAAGUUACAUGCAUGUCAACACUAACUCUUGGUAAAUUCCUGGAGUCUGCUUUGAUAAACCCAACUUCCAUUUUUAUUAAAAAACGCAAUUAGUAUUCCCAUAAAAUAAUAUUCACUUUUACAACCAUAACCUCAAAUAAGUUGUCAUAACAGGAGUGCCGUCACUAAACGCUGAUUGGUGUUUUAAAAUACGUUUUUUUUUUCAAUUCAUUUUUAAUUCGUAAUUUUUGUUAAAAAACAACAUUAUUUAAAAUAAAAACGUUGCAGUGGCCUUUCUUUUAUAUUUUUUGAACAUUUUAAUCAUAAAAUUUUCCCUAUUCAUUGGCAGAUAUUUGAUUUGACAAAAUAUUUUGUUUUGGUUGUGUGCCGUGUUUUAGCAUUGAAGUUCAGUUGAAGGGUUUGGAACUCUGUUAGGCCUUUGUUAGGGAGUAAUGCUUCCAUAUUACUUUACUAAUUCGUUGCGUAUAAUAGUUACUACAAAAUGACAAAAAGGCUAUGAUGUUAACAAAAUAUAUAUCAAAAUACUUUUCACCACAUUUAUUAUUCCUACAAAUGAAAAAACACGUUAACUCAACAUCAUAGUUUGUGUGAAAGGAGUUGUGUCCUGCACGAGGUAAGUAAAAAUAAAUGAGUUUAAAAACUCACUAAAAUCUUGCAUUCUGUCUUGUACGAUCAAGACUUCAUUUUCUUUCUAUAAGGUGCACGCUGCUGUAAAAGUUGGGGUCACGGAGCACCUCCACUAAGUCCGAAUUACUAAAUUUUUGUUUAAAACCGGAAUCGCCAAAUUUGGGGCAUGCGGAGAGAGAGAGACGCAUUGUCGCAUAAUUGGUGAAACGAUGUAUCGUCACGUUUGGAGGCGUGACAUACGCUUAAACUUGGCAUAAGCGGAUGCCCAUAUAUGCGGUCUCUAUAGUGCGGCCAACGAAUAAAAGUGAUCCUGAUAUGUCGUGUUAGUUCUUAUGGCGAAAGGAUGUUUUCGGACCUCUUUUUUACUAGAUCGAAAUUUAUAUGAUAUAUGAGAAUAUUAACUUGAGGAACUGACACGACCUGUACACUUAGCACGAUCCAAUAUGGAAUUCUUCUUUCUUAUCUUUCUUUUUUAAUGGCUCAAAUGGGAUUUACCCGCAAUUCCGCCAAUUUCACGUCGAUAGCUACUCCGAUUUCCAUACAAAAACUUCUUGACAAUUGAUACGUAUCAAGAUCGAAUUCAACUAUUCGAAUUCGAUAUUGGUUCGUGCUAUGGUACUGAUGAGGAGCUCGAUGGCGCAAGUGAUUGGCGCGUUCAGCUGCGAUCGUUGAAGUUAAGCAAUUUUCGCAGUGGUCGGUCAUUAGAUGGGUGACAAAAAAUUUACUAUCUCGAGCUCCUCCGUGCUUCGGAAGGCACGUUAAGCCGUUGGUCCCGGCUGCAUCUGCAGUCGUUAGCACCCGCCAAUCCGCACUGGGCCCGCGUGGUGGGUCAUGGCCCAAUUACCCCAUUCCAUCCAUAGGGAAGGCCUGUGCCCCAGCAGUGGGGACAUUAAUGAUGCUGAUGAUGAAUGAUACUGUCAGGAUCGCAUUCUUUAGUUGGCCGCACUUCAGUGGGGGCGUUCUGUGGGGUCACAUCGGGGGGAUUCUCGUGGUGUGUACUAGAAUUUGAGCGAAAAGCCUGGCGCUACGUUCAACGAUCUCUGUUGUAGUUGGAAUCCGAGCGCCUCGUCCGAAUCUGCGCGGGCAUAUUGAGCGUACGCAGCCCCGCCCGCGGGAGGCCUAGGGCUGUGCGUUGUGCGACGAUUGCCUUCCGACUUGGCGGGCCACGUCGGGAACAUGGCGGGGUCUAUCGCUACCGGAUGCUCCUGGCAAAAUAAUUGUUUUUUAUGUAAAGAAAAAUCCUCUGCGAACAAAGGAUUACAUGAAUAAUAUUUCAAACACUCACACCAAUUAGCCUAGCCGCAAAGUAAGCACUACAAGGCUUGUGUUAUGGGAUGCUAGGGUAACGGAUAGAAUACAUAUACUGUGUUUUUUUUUAUAGAAAUACAUAUUAAACGUCCAUGACUGGAGUACAAAAUGCUCGUAUUCAUCACAAAAACAUCUGCCCCACCGGGAUUUGAAACCGGGACCUCUCGAGUCGGCGUCACCAUGAAACCCGGCGUGCAAACCACUCGGCUACGGAGGUCGUCGAAUAUUAAAUCGACAUGUUAAAUCUAAAGAAAAUUAGCGAAUCUAGGGAAGGAACCUUCAACAAACAGAAUACCAUAGUAAAAGAACUAUUGUCCAUAGUAUAAUUACCUUUUGGUGGACUUGAAGUCCUACGGUGAGUAAGGUUCCAGGGCUCCUCGAAUGAUAUUUUUUAGCAUCGCAAGCGUGUAUGGGCUUUGGUGCCGUUUAUCAUCAGGCGGACCAUAUGACACCUUUUAAGAUAAAACAAACUAACCUUGAAGUAGGUGUGGUCAAGCGCGGCGUCGGCAGUGAGUCGUUUCUCGGGGUUGUACGUGAGGAACCCGUUGAGCAGCGACUGCCCCGCCUCGGAGAGUAGAUCGGAACCUAUUCGUUGCUUUAGGCCACCAGAUGGAUGCUCUGCAAAAGUCAUCUUCUGCACAGCAGGUAGCUCGCUGUACCCCGGCCAGAUUGACUCCGAGGGUGUGCCGAGAUC